UGCAUUAUUUCUAGCACUCGGCUACAACCCAAACUCCUAAAUCAGUCGACCAUCGGUAGGAGAUUGAAGCAAGAGUGUUUGAGACCAUUUAGAUAUCCAACAAUCACAAAUGAAAUGAUUCGCUUAUUCUACAAUCAAACAUAAUACGCGCCGUCAAUUAAUAGUGCAAAAGAAUACUUAUGCGAAGCAGUGAAGAAAUUCUUUGAAAUACGCAUAGUAAGGGUGAAAUACUUUCUAGGAAAAAGAUUUAUGAAAUAAGUAACAAGAAAUAAAACAAAGUCAAUGAAACAACUUUGAAAGUUGCAAAAUUUAAAUUGAAUGUCAUUGGGUUCUUCCUGCUAGACUUAGUGCGUUCGAUCAUAUGGGCGAAAUGAGGAAGACAUUAUUUCGCAUUCUACAUCAGCCCUCCUCAGAACUUUUCAGACAUUUUGCGAAAUAAUUGAGUGACAUUUCUGUCAUCCUCGAAAUUGUAUUGCUAUAUAACAAAUUUUACAUACAUAGUGCUCAAAAUUGCUUCCGAGGCGUCUCAUUUUCCAAUUUUCUUCCGAGGCCCCUUAUCGCCUCUUUGAAGCUAUAGGAAUGACCUCCCCCCGCCCAUCCCCCCAGAAAUGGUAAUGGAGAGUCUUUCCACCUUCUGAAUGAAGUGUUUCUCUGCCUUCAACCACCAAAAAUCGCUAGACCCACUCAAGAGUCAAACUAGUUUUAAUUUUAAAAUAAACAAAGUAAUUUUCCGCCAUUGCCGAUACCAUCUCAAGAACGGAGUAUUCGAACACUCAAGUAUUACUACAAACCACUCAAUAACUCACAGAUUAUUAUUUACAUUAUAUUAACGACUCAAUGGAUGGUUCACGGCGGCCUAAGCCAACGGCCUCUUCAAAUCCGUAGGCAUAGGUACUCGAAAUUCCGAAACUUAUUUGGCAACAGUCAACCCGGUUUGAGAAACACGGUUCUCUCCCCGAUCCAGUCCCCUGCCUUCCUAGUUAUCGUCAACCAGCUGGGUUUUCACGCGUCUCUUUGCAACAUGUUUGAAGUAGUACGGUUUUUUGUCAUGUAUGCAACGGCCACCGGUUUUGUAGUCGAUCGGACUCUCGAACCGAUGGCCUCCGGUCGCGACGUCGUGGAAACGGUGAUUUAUCGGAUCCAGCGAAGUCGUGUGUUUCCCGACGACAGGGACUUCCUCCGCCGCGUGGCCUACACCGAGAGCAAGUUCGGCGAGGAACCCGCGACCUACCGCGAGGGCUACAAUGGGGGCAUAUGGCAGUUCGACCGGUUCAAGACGACCCAACUCGACGCUCACAAUAACGCCACCAGCCCGCAGCUUAGACGCAUUCAUAUGGCCAUCGAUGAUACGUUCGGCAUCAACUGGAUGCAGGUAAAUGAGGAAGACAUGCUGAAACCACUCUACUCUGGACUCGCCGCGAGCAUUUACAUCGAGUUAAUAAGGCUAUCCGGAGGUCGCCCAAUUCCUGAAGUCAUCCAAGGUCAAGAUAUAUUCUGGAAAGACCAUUACAACACGAACGGAGGCAAGCACGGCGAUUUCGAGAAGCGGGCCCAAGAACUCCUCGAAAAAGACAUGUGUGCAGCCGGCGGGAAGAUAGACGUCAUGCUGGUCGUCGACGGAAGCGCGAGUAUAGGCCAGCCCGCUUUUCAGACAGCCCUCGAUUCCUUGGCACGCUUGGUGGGCAUCUUCGACCUUCAGGAAGCCAACGUCGGCAUGGUCACCUACUCGACCACGGUGACCGGUCUGAUUCCGCUGGUGAACAAUUUCACCACGGCCAGACUCCAGGAGGCUAUUCAAAAGACACCUUAUCCGAAUCAAAGCACGAAUACUUACAUCGGUAUGAUGGGAGCUAUCGAGGAAUUUAGAAAUUUAUCAGAAACUCGGGCAGAGAGAGGUGUCCCAAGACUGUUGGUCGUCUUGACCGACGGAUGUCACAUUCAAGGACCCGAUCCAGGCAUCGCAGCGCUGGAAGCUGCCAAAGAAGGUAUCACAACGUGUGCUUUCGGAAUCGGCGAUGAUAUUGACGACGCGGAGCUCCUCAGAAUUGCGAAUAAUAAAUCCGAUUACAAGUUCUGGACAGACUCGUAUUACUCGCUGCAACAGCAGAUAGUUCUCAUCGCUCGGCGGGUGAAAACCAUUCCGCAGAUGCUCAAGAUGGGAUUUGAAACGAGCGACACGCUCAAGGAGGCUGAUGAGAAGAGGUUCUAUACAUUGAAGGUAUCAAAAAAGGGGACAACGAUCAGAUUGCUCGACGUAAGAGGUGAAUCUUGUGGAUACUGGACUUACGCCGACGAGCGACCGUCCAGCGCACUCUAUGAUGGGGUUAUAUACGAAGGGGAUACGUUCAUUCCGCCGCCGCAACCUGUUCCCGGAGAUCGAGAAGACACUAUAAGCAUUUCCUCGAUGAGUGAUUUGAAAAUUGCAAUAGAGAGCAUUGAGCCGAAUAGCUGCCUGAGUAUGUGGAGCCUUGAAGGAGACGCCACCGGAUCCACGGUCGUCAAUCAUGACUUUGCGUGUUUUGGGCAUGUUGUUGUCUAUAUUUUCGCUGCUGUUCUUUUGAAAUAGGUGAUCCUUGCAACAAGAAAACGUCUCGGUUAUGAUAUCAAGCACUGGUAAAAA